CCGCAUUUCAGUUGUUCGAGAAACUUUGCACGAACCAAAAGCACGAAUCGCACGCGGCAGCAACCGACCAGCAAAUAAAAAGCACAACUAAAUAAACCACCAAACAAACAGCAGCAUGUCGCAUACGCCACUGAAGCGACUGAGUGGCAGUGGCAGCCUGGUUGUAGUCCUGCUGCUCCUGGCUCUAAUCGCAGAGGAUGUCCAGGCCAAGCGCUGGUUUGGCGGCGGCGGCAGCAAGAGCCGAAGCUCCAGUUCAAGCAGCUCUUCGCCGCGACGCACUUCCACGUCGCAUUCGCAGGCGAGUCCCUCGUACUCGCACGCGGACAUCAGCCGUCUGAGCUAUGGCGGCGGGACGCACUCGCAGCCCAGUAAAGUGAGCAUGGGACAAUCCCAGAGCAGUCACAGCUCGGCACCGAUUGGCUGGAAUGUUCCCAAGGCACAGGGCCCGCCGCCUGCCUACUCCGCCAGCAAUCCGGCCGGAGGAGCCCACACCAACAUCCACGAGCGUCCGCCCGCAUACAAUCCCGCCUACAAGCCGAAUGCAGCACCGCCGAGCUACUCGGCGGCCACCAACAGCCACAGCAACAGCCCCAGCAGCAGCUACAACACUAACUCCCGGCCAGCUGCCGGAGCAACAGCUGGAGUGGGAGCUGGAGCGGGAGCUGGAGCAGCCAGUCCCCACUACACACCCGCAUCGAAUUACAGACCCAGAAUGAACUCCACGGGCGGCGGCUUUGGCAGCGGAUACCACACUCCCAUCUCGGCCAGCAGUGCGCACAACGUGCAGUCCAGCUACCCGCGCCAGCAGGGACAGCUGCCACAGGGAGCCACCUACUAUCCGGCCGGACAAGUGCCAGCGGGCGCCAGCUAUCACCCGGCAGGACACGUGCCAGCGGGGGCAUCGUAUCACCCGGCCGGGCAGGUUCCACAUGGAGCAACCUAUUAUCCAGCAGGACAGGUGCCAGCGGGCGCCAGCUAUCACCCGGCAGGGCAAUAUCCUGCAGGAGCCACGUACCACAGUCCGGGACAGAUUCCCCAGGGAGCCACCUACUAUCCGCAGGCACCUAUGGGCGGCGGUCUGCCGCCGGGUGCCACCUUCCUGCCCGCAGGAGGAGCCCUUCCCGCAGGUGCCACCUACUAUCCGCAGGCGCCACAGAAGUCUGGAUCAGGCUUUGGGUUGGGCACUGGUCUCAUUGCUGGCGCCCUGGGUGGAGCCAUUCUGGGUCACGCCCUGACACCCACUCAGACGAGAGUCGUGGAGCAUGCCCCUUCGUACUCUGGCGGCGGCGGUGGGGGCGGCGGAGUGGGCGGUGGCGACGACAAGAUCAUCAUUAUCAACAACGGACCGCCGGGAUCCGUGACCACCAGCGAUGUGGGAUCGGGCACAACGGUUAUCAACGCGGGAGGGGCACAGCAACCAGCUGCUUAUCCCGCGCAGCCAAUGGCUUCAUUUGCUCCUGCCCCACAGGCACCGGGAAGCGCACCAUUGGCGCCUCUUUCUCCGAUAGCUCCUUUGGCCGCAGCACCACCAGCACAAGCAAUUCCCGGCGUAACACCUGCUGCUGCUGCUGUGCCCGCCCCUGGAGCACAACCCGCAGCUGCAGCUGAUCCAAAUGUGCCUGCAGCUCCCGCUGAUCCGAAUGCUGCUCCACCAGCGGCCGGGGGAAUCGUCUGUGUGCCUGUGAAGGUGCCCGAGCCAGAUCCAAACGAUGCCACCAAGACCAUUGAAGUAGAGAAGAUCGCCUGCUAUCCAGCACCCCCGCCGGAAGCAGCUCCCGCCAAUGGAACGGCCCCUGCUGUCGAGGGCGCUGUACCUGCCCCGACUUCCGUUUCCAAUGUGGCAGCCGGAGUUACCCAGUCGCCCGACGCCGCUCAUCUUGCACCAUUCCAGCCGACGACGCCCUUCACCGUGCCCGAAGGAUCUGUGCCAUUGGCACCGCUUACGCCGGGCGGACAGCCGGAUAUCAUGAAGAUGCCGGGCCUCACAUCUGCUCGACUUUCCGCAGAGUCGGGUCUGAAGGAUGCCCACAAUGUGGCCGACAAGUCCCUCAGCCACUUCAGCCUCGUCUCGACGCUGAUGACCCUCCUGGUGGCCUACUGUCUGCACUAAGAGUCCCAGGACUUUGUGUCGUUGGCAAACCGAAAAUCUUUCACUAAUUUAUUGCCAGUCUAUCCAUCGGACACGGGAUGUGAUGUGCCUUCUCAUGCAUAUACGUAUCUUCUAAUCUCUAUCAGUCGGUUUUCUUUAUAUAUUUUGUAAACAAAGCGAAUUUUUGAUAUUAUAUACUCGUACGCGUAGUUCUGUUAGACCUCAAUUAAAACCACCAAUAAAUGUAUCGGCAACUGA